AUUUAACUGGACGCAAUCUACGACCGGCAGUGUCAAUUAGAUGCCGGCUGAGCUUGCAAGUAAGAGUGCUUCGGGUAAUACGGCACCGCAUGAGGCGCGAAAAUUCAAAUUAGUAGUUCGUGAACAAUCGAUUGAUCGAGCCAAAAUCAGAAGUGUUAUUUUAUUCGUUUGAUUGUAUCCUAAGAAAGUGUCAAACAUAGAAACAUGGAAGCGGUGUUCACAAUCAACGGAAAAUUAUUCAAAGGUUCAUAAUUUUAUAUGAAUUUUCUGGUGAGAUGAAAAGUAAAUCCACACGUUGUUCCGGUGGACACCUCGCUGGGGACAUUUUUACGGAAAAAUGCCCAACUCUCGGGAGCCAAAAUGGUAUGCCGCGAAGGCGGAUGUGGUGCAUGUAUUGUCAACGUCCAAGGAGAGCAUCCAGUCACGAAGGAACACCACCGUAGAGCCAUCAAUUCUUGCCUCUUCCCGGUGUACUCCUGUCAUGGAUUGGAUAUUGUUACAGUAGAAGGUAUUGGGAACAAAACGGAUGGUUUUCACCCCAUUCAACGACGCUUGGCUCAUUUCAAUGGAACUCAGUGCGGAUUCUGUUCGCCUGGAAUGGUAAUGAACAUGUACGGUCUUUUGGAAUCUAACAAAGGGCAAAUCACAAUGAGGGAUGUGGAGAACUCGUUCGGUGGCAACCUUUGCCGGUGUACUGGCUAUCGACCGAUUUUGGAUGCAUUCAAAUCGAUGGCCAAGGAUGCCGACCCUAAGUUAAUAAUGGCUUGCCAAGAUAUUGAAGAGUUUCCGAAAAUUUGUCACAAUACGGGAAAACCUUGUGGAGGAUCAUGUGGUACAAUGACCAAAGAAGAAAUUCAUUUGGUUUUCGAAGACAAACGAGAGUGGCAUAAGGUGUUCGACAUCAAGAACCUAUUUGCCACAUUGAGGAAUGUUGGAAACCGAACUUAUAUGCUUGUAGCAGGAAACACAGCCCAUGGUGUUUAUCGCAGAAAUACAAACAUAGAAGUAUUCAUUGAUGUCAACUCAAUUGAAGAAUUGAAGAGUUAUUCACUUGAAAACAACUUGACGAUUGGGGCUGGUGUAACUCUAGCUGAACUCAUUACCAUACUGUAUAAAGCUGCUUCAGGAAAUCCAGAAUUUAGCUAUUGUAAGGAUUUAGCAAAACAUGUUCACUGGAUAGGCAAUGUUCCGGUGAGAAGUUCCGGAACAAUUGCAGGAAAUUUGAGUAUCAAAAAUCAACACGCUGACUUUCCAUCCGAUCUUUAUCUUAUUUUUAAAGCUGUAGGAGCGAAAUUGACUAUUGCGGAAAUCAACGGAAGAACCAACAUCACUUCAAUUCAUGAUAUCUGUACACUAGAUAUGACCAAAAAAGUUAUACUGAAUGUUGUCCUUCCUCCACUGAAUCCGACAACGUUCGAGUUAAGAUCUUACAAGAUAAUGCCUCGAGCUCAGAGUGCACCGGGAUAUAUAAAUGCAGCUGUCCUGUUUGAGUUCAAUACCCAAAAUCCGACGAUUGAAUCAGCUUCAAUUUGCUUCGGUGGUAUCAGCUCGAAGCUUACCCAUGCAGUCAAAACAGAAGACUUUAUUCGAGGAAAAAACAUUUUUUCCGACGAAGUAUUACAAGAGACCCUUUCCACCUUGUCCAAUGAAGUAAGCACAUGUAACGGAUCAGCAAACUCUGCACCAUCAAAGUAUCGCCAGCAACUUGCCUUUUCGCUUUUAUACCGUGCGAUUUUGAGCAUUUCCAGUGGUAGAAAAAUAGAACUAAACUCUCGGUAUAAAUCGGGGGCUACUGCUCUUCACAGACCACUUUCCACCGGUCAACAGAACUUCCAAACCAUCGAGAAGAAUUGGCCAUUGACGAAGAACAUUCCCAAAGUUGAAGGACUAACCCAAACGGCUGGGGAAGCAAAGUACAUAGAAGAUCUACCAGUAGUACCUAACGAACUCUACGGGGCUCUUGUACUUGCGACCCAUCCCAGAGCAGAGAUUCUGAACAUCGAUCCUAGCGCCGCAUUGCAACUGCCAGGUGUUGAAGCCUUCUAUUGCGCCCGAGACAUCCCGGGGCGGAAUGACUUCAUGCCAACUGAGCUUGAUAAUCCGGAAACGGAGGAGAUCUUCUGCAGUAGCAAAGUACUCUAUCACGGGCAACCGAUUGGGAUCAUCCUGGCGGAAACAUUCGAUCUAGCUCAUCGAGCAGCAAAGCUCGUAGAAGUUACUUACGGUAAAUCGGACGGUAAACCCAUACUACCAACUUUGAAACAUGUAUUAGCAGCUAGCGCCACCGAUCGUAUUCACGAUCAAUCGUACGAUAAAGAAGGGGAAGACUACGGUAAAACGUUCCCUUCGAUCAGGAAGAUUACGGGUCGUUUUGAACUACCAGGUCAAUUUCACUUUUCAAUGGAACCGCAAACUUGUAUCUGCGUUCCGAUCGAGGACGGUAUGAACGUGUACAGCUCAACGCAGUGGGUUGAUCUGUGCCAGGUUGCGAUCGCUCAAGCUCUAAACAUUCCGGAAAAUAGUUUGAAUUUCUUCAUUCGUCGAUUGGGAGGUGCCUUUGGGGCAAAAAUUUCCCGUGCAUCGCAAAUCGCCUGUGCCUCAGCAAUCGCCGCUCACUUCAGUCAGCGUCCGGUUCGGUUGAUAAUGUCACUGGAAUCAAACAUGGAAGCCAUAGGAAAACGUGCCUCCUGUAUCAGCAAUUAUCAAGUAGAGGUUAACGAAAACGGCCAAAUCAGCAAGCUGUUAAAUAACUACGUAGAAGACUACGGCUGUAGUUUGAAUGAACCGAUUGAAGCUGUUACGGCACAAUUUUACAAGAACUGCUAUGAUGCAAGCCGAUGGAAGUUGGUUGGUAAAGCGGCCGUCACUGACUCAGCUAGCAAUACUUACUGUCGAGGACCUGGGACGAAUGAAGGUAUCUCGAUGAUCGAGAACAUCAUGGAGCAUAUAGCACAUGUUUUGAAUAAAGACCCAUUGGAGGUUCGACUGCAGAAUAUGAGCUCAGAUUGCAAGAUAAGAGAUUUGCUUCCUGAAUUUCUCACUGAUGUCGAAUACAAAAAACGGAAGCUCCAGAUCUACCAGUUUAACGAAUCGAACCGAUGGAAGAAGCGAGGAAUAGCGGUUGUUCCGAUGCAAUAUCCUCAAGCGUUUUUCGGACAAAUGCAUGCACUGGUAUCGGUCUACCAUAUGGAUGGGACGGUGUCCAUUACAACGGGAGGAAUCGAUUUUGGACAAGGUGUAAAUACCAAGAUAGCUCAGGUUGCAGGACAUGUUUUAGGCAUUUCAACAGCAAUGAUCAGUAUUAAGGCGAUGAACAACAUCACAUCACCAAAUGCAUCGGUUUCCGGUGGUAGUAUGACUAGUGAUGCCGCCAGUUAUGCCGUCAAGAAGGCUUGUGAAGUUCUUGUAAAACGCAUGGAACCAAUUCGACAAAAGUUCCCCACGGAAACCUGGGAGCAGAUUACUCAACGAUGCUAUAAAGAAAACAUAGAUCUGUGCGCUUUAUUCCAGUACAAACAUGGAGAUAUCCAGGACUACAUUGUUUGGGGUUUGUGCUGUGCUGAGGUGGAAGUGGAUGUACUUACGGGAAAUUUGCAAAUUGCUCGCGUGGAUAUUUUGGAGGACACUGGAGAAAGUGUUAGCCCGGGCAUCGAUAUCGGUCAAAUCGAAGGGGCAUUUGUUAUGGGGAUAGGAUUAUAUUUCACGGAAAAUCUCAUCUACAGUGAGGAGAAUGGUCAACUGCUUACAAAUCGUACAUGGAACUACUAUUUGCCGGGCGCAAAGGACAUCCCAAUUGAUUUCAGAAUAAAACUACUGCACAAUACGUUCAAUGAAAACUUCAUACUGAGAUCUAAAACUACCGGAGAACCUGCUUUGAAUUUGACUGUGGCGCUACUGUUUGCCCUUAGGCAGGCAUUGAAUUCUGCCCGAAAAGAUGCUGGCCUGUCUAAUGACUGGUAUACAAUGGUUACACCAACAACACCUGAAGAAAUCUGCUUGCUGGCGGGAACCAAAUUGGACUGUUUCAAACUUCACUAAACGUUUAUAUGUAUUACUAUGUAUGGGUUUAUAUCGGGAAAUUCAAUAAAGUUGAUCUUUAGGGUACAA